AUGCAAAAUGGCGACAUUGAAACGAACGCAGUCAGCCAUCAAAUUGAAGUGUUGCAGAAGAGCGGCAUUUUGUCAAAUUUGUUAGCACUCAAACCAAAUCGACAAUCUGCAGAUUGCUUUACUUUCUCUCUUUGUCUUUUGUCGUCUUCUUCCACCUCGUCUUCUUUGUUCGCAUUCUUUCUUCUGAUCUCUUCUUUCUCCUUCCCUUUCUCUUUCUUUCAUGACGCAUUUUUUCUUUUUCCCCUUCUUUCAUCUCCCCAUUGUUGUCUCUUUCUCUUCUUUUUUCUUUUUUCUCUAUUCUUUUUAUGGUUUCUUUUCUCUCUUUUCAUCUCGUUUCUUUUUCAUUUUCCUUUUAUUUUAUCAUGCCUAAUCUUUUGUCUCGCUGUUCCUUUCUUUUUCCAUUUUAUCCCUUUUCAUUUUAUCUUUCUUCUUCUUUUUCUUCUUCUUUUAUCUCACUUCCUCCUUUUUCUUUUUCCCCUUUCUUUUAUCUCUCUUCCUUCUUUCUUCUUCCUUCGUCCUUUUCCAUUUAUUCUAUCGCUCCUUCUUCCUUUUCUCUUCCUCUUCCUCAUUCUUCUUCCUUUUCCGUUUCUUUUAUCACCCUUCCUCUUUUUUCUCUCUUACCCGUUUCUUUUAUCUCUCAUCCUUUCCCCUUUCUUUUAUCUCCUUUCCUCUCUCUUCUUCCUUUUCCCUUUCUUUUAUCUCCCUUUCUCUUCCUUCUUCUAUUCCACUUUCUUUUAUCACUUUCCUUUUCUCUUCUUCCUUUCCCCUUUCUUUUAUCUCCUUUCCUCUCUCUUCUUCCUUUUCCCUUUCUUUUAUCUCCCUUCCUCUUUCUUCUUCUUUUCUUCUUUCUUUUAUCACUUUCCUUCUCUCUUCUUCCUUUCCCCUUUCUUUUAUCUCCCUUUCUCUUCCUUCUUCCUUUCUUUUAUCUCCCUUCCUCUUUCUUCUUCCUUUCCUCUUUCUUUUAUCUCUCGUCUUCUUUCUUCUUCCUUUCUCCUUUCUUUUAUCUCUCUUCCUCUUUCUUUCUUUCCUUUUUGUUUUUCCUCUCUUUCUCUUUCACCUUCCUUUUCUAUUUCUCAUCUUCCUUUUAUCAUUGCUAACGCAAGCCAUUUCCCCCAUCACCAUAUUCCUUUUCACUUGAAUCCUCCUAAUCAUCUUUUUCCAAUCUUUCUUCUCCUCCCCUUCCUCCUUUCUUCCUCCAUUUCAUUUCCUUCCUCCUCAUUCUUGUCAUUCCUAUCCGUUUUCUCAAUCUUUUUGUCGUCCUUUUAUUUUCCUGAUUUUUCCCUCACUAUUUUUUCUUUCUUAUCUCCUCCUUCUUCUCCGCCUCCUCCUCAUUCUUUCAAAUCAUCAUCCUUACUUCUUCAUCUCCUCUUCUCCAUUCUCAUCGUCCUUUUUAUUUUUCUCUUUCUUUUCCUUUUUUCUCUCUGGCCUUCUUUUCUACUUCUCGCCACUCCUCAUUCAUUCUUAUUACUACUACUACUACUACUCUCUUUGUUGUCUGCCACGACAAUAUGUCUUCCUUAA